AUGAAUGAUAUAGAUAGAUUGUUUUUCAGUUUAAUCAGAAAUAAAUAUUUGAAAAGUUUGAUUGUUAAACAUGUUCAUAGUGUACACUCAAAGUUUAGAUGUAUUUGGAAAUCAAGAGAACUUCAGUAUAUAGAUUGUCUAGUUGAGAGUAAGCUCAUUGAGAGAAUAGAGUGUAUCAAUGGACAUUGGUCAUUCGAUGCUAUAGAGUAUUGGACGGUCAGAUCUCUAGAAUAUAUUGUAUCGAAUCCACUACGUUACGAAACAUUAAUAUAUCAACUGGUGGAGAAUGAUAAGAAGAGCAGUGGUGGUGGAUUUCAAUUGCCUAUAACAAGUUCUGUUAUUUGUAAAGCGAUCGAGUCUGCAGUCGGUGUCGAUUUCUCAUUGGUUAAAUACCUGAUGAAUAACUAUAGAUAUUCAGUGUCUGCCAGUUGUUACUGUAGUGCUGCUGCGCGUGGACGUCUAGAUAUCAUUUGGCAUAUGCUCUCAAACUAUCCGAAUGUUAGAAUCGGUCGACUUCCACCAGUGGAAGCGGCAGCCGCCAAUCAGCUGGAAACUCUCAUAUUCUUUUAUCGCUAUCAUCAGAGAUUGCUAAAUGAAAGUGAUGUUCACUACUAUGACAAUGCUUUUAAAGUGGAGCUAAACGGUGAUGUCGACAAGAACAACCGCGUCAAAUCUAUGUUUGAUAAUAAGGUGAUAUUCACAUAUGCUGUGUUGGAUAGAGCGGUUGGCGCCGGUGCAGUGGAGUGUGUACAGUAUAUUCUGGAGAAUCGAAUCGAUGGAUUUACACGUCAGGCAAUCGACGGUGCUUGUCAAGCGGAGCUGUUUAGCGAUCGUCAUUUCGAGGCGAUCCGGAUUGCUAGAAAGACGCUGCAUGCUGACUGCUCGGAAAGUGCGGUAUCUGGAGUUAUUAAGCAUGGACGUCUCGAUGUUUUGAAGUAUCUACACUCACAAAAGUUGCUAAACAAACCGUCAAACAGCGAGGAGAACAAUAUUGUGACGUCGACCGCUGCUAGAUACGCGAGUCUAGAGAUGAUACGCUUCCUUUUCGAUACUGCAAAGUAUAUACCUGGAAAAUCAAUGAGUAGUGAAGUUUGUAAGAAUGGUCGACUCGAUGUGCUCCAAUAUAUGCUUGAGAAUAAAAAGCGAUUUCAAGUGCAUGUUGAGACAACUAUGCCUUACAUGCUGAUGAGUGCAAUCAGCGCUGGACAACUCGCGAUCGUUCAACUUUUGCUAUCGAUACGUUGGGUGACCAAACAAAUACGGAGUGAGGGAAGUGGUAAGAUUCUUGCUAGUGCAGCUGUGGAUAGUUGCGGUUUAGAAACAUUGGAGUAUCUGCUUAACGAACAUAAAUGGAUGUUCCCAAAGACGUUGGAGCGAUUAAAUAAUCUGCAAUUAAGUCCUGCUAUUCUCUUGGCGAAAGUAAAGUUGCUAACAGCUCACAACAUAAAGUUUAAUGUGGGCGGUUUCAACGAUUUGUUGGCAGAGCAUUCCCUGGAGAUUUUCAAGUUCUUCGAGCAACAAUAUCAACCGUUGCCAAACAGUGAGAACUAUUCUUUACGAGCUGCAAGUAAAGGACGUUUGGAUAUAUUGAAAUACUUGGUUGGCAAAGGCUAUGAUGUCCAUCGAUAUGUGUUGAGAGUCUCCAACUUUGAGACUGCCAAAUACUUGGUGGAGGAGUUAAACAUUCGAGCUGAGCUCUACAUCAUUGAAGUUAUUGUGGAUUUGAAAGAUAUCGAUAUGAUAGUAUAUCUGGACAAACGAUUCCCGGGUUUGUCUGUUUUGCCAUGUACCAUUUCAUUGUAUGCGGCAAAAGGAAGACUGGAAAUACUAGAGUAUCUAUUGGGGCGAUACAUUCCACCCAAUGAAAAGCCAAUCGACUUGGAAAUAUCAAUGGCAAGAAAUAGAGGUAUACUUACACUGCUACUAAGUAAACGAUACUGUCAUCUAUUCAAACCUUCUGAAAGCCUAAUCCAUGAAAUAAUUUUCGAAGAUUUGGUAGAUUCAUUAAUGAUUCUUUUGGAUGUAUACAACAAUAGUAAUAAUAGUAAUUAUAAUAACAGUGAAGAGCAGUCACCAAUCAUAUUCUCUGGACAUACUCUUUUAGCAUCGAAAUCACUUGAAGUCCUACUCAUUCAACUAAAAUAUAUAAAACUAACUAAACGGUUACACUCUGAACUAAUGACACUUGCGCUAAGCAAAAGUAGAUUCAGUAUAUGGGAUUAUCUAUCGAAUUUACCAACCAAUGAUUUAGAACCAUAG